CUAAGCCAUACGUUUAACAUUCCAUGAUGGAUCAAAACUAUUCUCUUGAUGUGAUCAAACACUUAAAAAGAUUUGAUGGAAAAUAUUUCAUUACGUGGAGACACAACAUGGAAAUGAUGUUCACAUUGAAGAAUCUAAGACCCAUCGUUGAGGGUUUAAUCAUUGAAACGGUUCAACAGUUCGAGGAGGUAGAAGAUAACCAGCUGGUAAUCAAUGCUGCUGAGAUCGAAGAGUGGAGAAUGAGAGACUGCUACGGUAGAUUCCUUAUCUUCAACAGCUGUGAUGAAACAAGGAAGUUUGCUCUCCUCAACAGCAGAAACAGUCAUGAGAUGUGGACAAGACUCGAGACGCAAUACCUUCAGCGUGCUGCCGAUAACAAACAUCUCCUCCACAGAGAUUUUCUCAACUUACGACCCACUGCUGGUGAAGAUAUCAUGGUACACAUUACUGCUCUGGAAUCAAUGGCAACCGAACUCAACGACCUUGGAGUCAACAUCACUGAGCACGAUUUGAUUACAACCAUCAUGUGUAGUCUUCCUGCUAGAUUCGGUUUUCUUGCAUCUACGUGGGACAACAUCCCUGAUAAUGAGAGAUCCAUGGAUGCCCUUCGAGCCAGAAUUUUCUCAGAACAAAGAAGGAUUGAACUACGUCGUAUUGAAGAGCAAGCGUCCCUACCUCCACCACCCGAACGUAACAAUAGUGCACUUCAGGCCAAUGGAAUCAAAAGAACUCCCUUUAUACGUAAUGCACGUGGAGGACGAGGACGUGCAAAUGGAUCACGCGAUAUAGUAAAUCGAGAUACUGCUUAGUGUACCUACUGUGGCAAAUCGCGCCACUAUGAAUUUGAAUGCAGACUUCGGAUUGCU